UUUUUUUUUUUUAUACUAAUACAUGUAUCUAUUCUAUUUUACAAGAAGCAGUAUUUUAUAUAGCGUAACUCUAUAUUGAAUCUAUGAAAGCAACAGAGUCUAUAUUUACAGAACAAGUAUUAAGUGAGUUAAAAGAGAUAUGUCGCCUUCCUUCUUCACGAGGCGGUAGUUCAUUCUUUUCAUUUAUCAAUGGCUUUAUUCUUGGUCAACUAAGUAUUAUCGUUAUUGUUAUUCUUGUAUUGAAAUUCUUAUUCACAGAGGACGUAAAUUCGGAUAAAAAAGUAAAAUAUAUAAAUAUAUACAUGUAUACACUUUAUGAUGAGGGAAUUCUAUCAUUUAACUGUUUUAUAUUACAUAGCUUUAUAUUUCAAGAUUUUCGUCCAUGAAUACAAAAACAACUUCAGCAACAGCAGCAGCACCAACAACAACAACAGCAGCAACAGCAGCAACAGCAGCAACAGCACCAUUAUUACCUAAUGAACACAUUACAUCGAAAACCUAUUAUGAUGUGAUACAUCAUCCACCAGAAAGUACAGAUUGGCUUAAUGUCCUUUUGGCUCAAGUUAUUCUACAAUAUCGACAAGAUGCCAAAAUAAAUAACCGACUCAUGAUGUGUCUUGAUGAUAUUUUGAAUGGAGGCGUUAAACCUAAAUUUCUAGGUACGAUUCAUGUAACCGAGCUUAACUUGGGAGAAGAAUACCCGAUAUUUAGUAAUGCGAGAAUUAGGAGAUCAGAUGAAGUUGGAUCGAUGAGGGCUGAAAUUGAUUUUGAAUAUAAUGAUCAAAUAACGUUAGGUAUUGAGACGCAAUUAAUAUUAAAUUGGCCUAAACCGUCAUUUGCAGCACUUCCUAUUUCUUUAAUAUUAUCUGUUGUACGAUUCUCGGGCACACUUACAAUUGAAUUAAUAAAUCCUCCUGAAACUACUACUUUACCAGAAAUUAUUGAACGCUAUAUUGCUAUUUCAUCUCACUCUGAUUUUGUAUUAGAUCUUCAUGUUCAAUCAUUGAUAGGCUCCAAAACAAAAUUAGAAGAUAUACCAAAAUUAAGAGAUUUAAUACAAACAAAGUUAAGAAAUGUAUACAUUGAUAAACUUGUUUACCCAGCAUUUGUCAAAGUAAAGGUACCUAAUAUGUGGAAAGAUAGCAAAGAUGAACGAAAAGAAAGUAUUGCAGCAGAAAAAUUAGAAGAAUUUGUAGAAGAGAUCAAAGAGGCUUAAAAUCAGGAUAGAAGGAGUAAGGGAGAAGGAAGGAAGGAAGGGGCUUUUUAUUUUAAGAAGAUAUCUUUAUUCUAAUAUAAUUUGUAAGAGGCAUUUGUAAAGUAGAUCAAAGUAAUAAACCCUCGUGUAGAGUAAUCUAUGAUAAGAUAGUUUAACCAAUAAAACCUUGAUUAUCUAUUUAUCACAGACAAUGAAAGGGGCCAGCAGUAGUAAGAUAAGCCUGUUACUUUCUAAAGUCUAUUUGUAAUCAGAAGACCUUUUUUUUUUUUAAUAGUUUCAGAUAAUAGUGCUUUCAAACGGAGUUUUCAUAAUGCUAUUGUUCUCUAUAAAUAAGCAGACAAUUAACAUGCUUAUCAUUCUAGUUUUUUUUUUUUUUUU